AGCCCACUCACCAAGGCGGACGGAAGCGGAAACCUCAAAGUACGCUAGCCUCUGACGAAGGCGUCAUGUUCGGUUCGGCCACUUCCCCACAAGUACCCCUUGACGUUGAGACGCCUAGCAUCUAGCAACAAGCCCCGCCCACCGGCCGCCGUCCGCCGCCGCGCGAUCCACAGUGACUACCAAAGCAUAAAAGAAGAUGCCUUCACUUCAGAAAGCCUUGCCUCCAGAACUUGCUGAUAAUGUGCUCAGAUUAUAUCGUGAAUGCUUAAGGAGGGCGAAGUUCAUUGGGCAUCAGAAACACAACACAGAACUUCUAGUUACCAUGGUGAGGCAACAAUUCAAGAAAAACAUGCAUGAAACUGAUCCAGAGAAGAUACAGAAAAUGAAGGACGAUGCUGCAAGAGGGCUUAUCAAUCAUAUUCUGUAUGAGUCUGAGAAGAUAACAGGGCGCAAAUUUUCAGGUUAAAAUGAAAGUUGAAACUAGACUUACAGCAUGCUGUAUGAAUAAUAGUAAACAAGAACUUUAUCUUGUGGCUGUUGAAUUAUUUCACCUCUCCCACACAAGGACCUGCAAAAGUUUCCUUUUGAUUGUUGAGUACUCGAUCUAUUAAAGCAAUGACCUUCACUGUC